CGCCAGCCCAGCUCUGCUCUGGAACUCUGCUCUGAAACUAUCGCGCCAUUUAUUUAUUGCUAUCGCAUCCCGACAACAGACGCGUCUUGGACGCCUCAUUUUAAUCGACAUCAUAGUGGUAUAUCUUCUACCCCGUUAUCCAUCGGCGUAUCGCUCCUUCUACCCGCGCCUUGACGUCAAAACACGCCGCACAUUCCAACUCGGUCCCGACCAUCACGAUGGAGGACUUUGUCUGUCCGUCCGUCACAUUCCAGCCGUUAUGCCCCCCACAUCUGAACCUUCCUCAGAACACCAAGUUCGGAUUCACCCCAACGAAAACCCUCACCCGAUCAGCUCCGCACGCUUGGGACCGCAAGCCAUCCACGUCGUUUCGCGCACGCGGCCGGUCGCGCAAAGUCUGGAAGCGCUUUCGCUCCUCGUUCAACAGCAUGAAAGCGCUGCAGCAGAUCACCGCGGGCGAGCGGCACGCGAUUGAUGAGGAGCUACAGCUCGAGAUCAACAGCACGAGGAAUCCGGGUCUCGUCCGCGGAGUCAAGCGGAGAUGCUUCGCGCUGGACCCGGAUGACCUUGCCAGCGGAAACUCACGAGGAAGGUCAUUCUUGGAAACACAGUGGGAGUCUGAUUCAAAAGGGCGGCGACGCAAGCUGCCACUUAUUUACAGCGAGUUUGUGGACCUUCCCGAUGAACCGAUGGCGACGGACAGUCUUCUUCAGCCACAUGACAAUAUCGAGGGUACCGGCGACGAGCGAGACGCGUCCACGUCGAUGCACGAGAACCUUGUUAUCAGCGAGCCGGACGAAUUAGCGACGGCUGACCUCCCGGAGACCCCUACGAAAUUGGUGCCCGGUGCGCCCUACCCCCGCACGCUACCUGGCGAUUCGGACGGUUUGUCCCCUGGUUUGGACGGGGACAUGACAAGCAUAAAAGGACACGAGAUCAGUCAUGCUUCGCCAUAUACUGUGUUUAGUCCGGUUGUCGGAGGGUCACAUACUGAUUCGCCUACUACAAAUACUGCGGAGGAGGACAGUGAUGAUGACGGUGAUGCCGCUGCUACGAUCAAGGAGGUUCUGCUGAGCGCGACGAAGCUGGAUUCGAAUCCGAAGACCCCUGCUGUCGUUCCUGACAUCACCGUCGAGCAGGAAUCGACUAUUGUGCGGUCGGCUUUGCGCAGCUCGUUGGGCGGAGAAGACGCCGAACUACUGAGCAACUUCCUCUCUAAGGCCCAGGCGAAGCGUGACGCCAAGGCUGCUGCUGCUGCCGCUGAGACCGGCUGCUUAACCAAAGCUGUUGCUGAGGCCGAAGCUACUGAGGCCGCAGAGAUGGCCGCAAAUAAGGCCCCGCUGGUCGAAAAGGAGGAUGAAGCCAAGAUGAUGCAGGAAACGUCACCGGUUGAGAUGCCAACCCCGCCGUCGCGGCGCGCGCUGGAGGACCUCGACGCCAACUCGCCCUCGCCGCAAAAACCACAGCAAGUAUCUCCGACCAAGUCGCUCGAGAACGAGAACCAAGAGGCCGAAAGCCCGCGUCGUAGCACACGCCCGCGUGCCCCGCCAGUACGCCCCUCUACCGUGGCGGCUGCAGUGCGCAGCACCUUCGCUCUCCGCCGUGCCAAGGGCAACGAGUUUGUGUUUCUCCAGCGGACCGAGGCCCAAGAGCUCGCUCUGGCCACGAAACGCAACACGCGGUUCAACAAGGGCAGCUCCACCAUGCCGAAGCAAACACUGCAUGUUCUUCAAAUUCACAAAAGCUACACCACUCCGAUCGGUGACGACAAAGCCAGCCCUGCUCCGGUGGCUCGAGAAAGUGCAAAGGCCAAGAAGCAUGUGUCUUGGAACAACAACCGACUCGUGGAGUUCGAAGGUGAAGACGCCAAUGCGACCGGUCACAAAAAUGACGUCGCUGGUGUGGGCCGUGGGGUAACGCAUCAGCGCAGCACGGACAAACCCUCCGAUGUGAAAAGAAAGGCAGCCAGUGGCCGCACGACUCGGUCGCAGACGGGGCAGAAGACUGGUGGUGAGACGGUCCCCGACGCAGCGACUACUGCACCCGCUACUGCAACGCCGCGGGCGCGGCGCGUGCGCGGAGCGUCCGGGCCCGAAACCACGGCUGUUGCUGCUCCCACCUCUUCUCCUACCUCGUCGUCUGCAUCUUCCGGCAAUGAUAGUCCCCUCGGUCAACGCAAGAAGUUGAUCCCCAAAUCCCCCAGGAAGACGAUCGAGACCCCGUCCAAGGGGAGCAGUGCCACCGCCAGCAUGACAAGCAGCAGCAGCAAGACAUCACUCCGCAGCAGUAGCACGAAGACGAGUCUGCUUAAGGUCAAUGCGGGAUCGACGCCGGUUGCCAGACGGAUUCGCUCACGUUCGUGAGGUCGUGGUUGGGGGAGGAGGUCGUGUGUGAUUGUUCGAUUAUUUCUACAUACUAGCAUGGAUGGCGUGGGUUUUCUUACUGGAUGCAUAGGAUAGGCGUUUGGGCUGUUAUCUCGCUUAUUCGGGUACUCGAAUAUUACAUACUGCUAAUAUCUUCGGUUUGAGUGCCUGUGUUGAGUUUGUAUCGUCUAUACUGUGCGGAUGUAUUCCUACCUAAAGCCAUCGGUGU